AUGGUCCUUCGCUGGCUGCAAAAGCACCUCGAAGAAACAGAUCAGAUGCCGGAGAUGAUGUGCGGCUACGGGAAACAACUCAGCACCCAAGACGUGAUGAUCCCACUCCACGAGCUGAUCGUCAAGCAAGCAACGAGGCACGGACUGCGUGGGAUACUUGCCCUCGACCUGAAAGGAGCCUUUGACGUGUCGCAUGCGAGUAUGUUGCAAAAUCUGAACAAAACCAGGUGUGGCCGCAAGACAUUCGGCUACAUAAAUGACUUUCCGUCAAACCGAACGACGGCUAUCAGAAUAGGGGAGGAGACAUCGGACCCUGUCGAGCACGGCGAUUGGGGCACCUCUCGGGAAUCGUUCCUGUCGCCCCUACUCUUGAAUCUGGUUCUCCUGCCUCUGCCCAAUCUUCUCAAGCAAAUCGAAGGUGUGGACCACGCGUUCUACGCCGACGACAUCACGUUGUGA